GGCAUCACAUCUUAAUUCUAAUUCUAGAAAGGUUAUUGUUUUCUUUGCGAACAUAUAAUGUUUAUGUUUAAAUGUCUAUUUAAAGAAAUACAUUUGCCAGCAUAUAUUUUUUAGUCGAUUGAAAUUAAGCUGAUAUAAAACUCAUGGAAAUGGCUGCAACUGAAGGGGAGCAAAUUCAGUUUAGUGGACACACAUUAGACAAGGCUAUUAAAGCUAAAGUUCAUCUAGAAAAUUAUUAUUCUAAUUUAAUUGCACAACAUAUAGAACGAAAAACAAGACAUGAGAAGCUUGAGGAAACAAUGAAAGAGGAAGGAUUAAGUGAAGAACAAAAACAAGAGAAACGCAAUCAGCAUGCUCUCAAAGAAACAGAAUUUUUGCGGUUGAAGCGCUCAAGACUGGGAGUGGAAGAUUUUGAGCCUCUCAAAGUCAUCGGUCGCGGUGCAUUCGGAGAGGUCAGGUUGGUCCAGAAAAAGGAUACUGGUCACGUCUAUGCAAUGAAAAUUCUUCGUAAGGCAGACAUGCUGGAAAAAGAACAGGUGGCUCACGUUCGAGCAGAAAGAGAUGUGCUUGUGGAAGCAGAUCACCAGUGGGUAGUAAAAAUGUAUUAUAGCUUUCAAGAUGCAAUGAAUCUGUACCUUAUAAUGGAAUUUUUACCUGGUGGAGAUAUGAUGACCUUACUUAUGAAAAAGGACACUCUGUCUGAAGACUGCACACAAUUCUACAUAGCUGAAACUGCAUUGGCAAUCGAUUCCAUUCACAAACUUGGUUUCAUUCACAGAGAUAUUAAACCUGAUAAUUUACUCUUAGAUGCUAAGGGUCAUAUAAAAUUGUCAGAUUUUGGAUUAUGUACUGGGCUGAAGAAAUCUCAUCGGACUGAAUUCUACAGAGAUCUAUCUCAAGCAAAGCCCAGUGACUUUAGUAUGUAUUUUGACAGAAAUG